GCGGGGAUGGGGGCGGGGAUGGGGAUGGUUAUGGGGAUGGAGAUGGGGAUAUUGUUGGUGGUGAUGAUGGGGGUGUUGUUGGUGGUGAUGAUGGGGGUAUUGUUGGUGGUGAUGAUGGGGAUAUUGUUGUUGAUGGGGAUAUUGUUGUUGAUGGGGGUAUUGUUGGCGGUGGUGACGGCGGUGAUGACGGUGUUGAUG